AACUCAUCAAAGACGUACUAACCGCUGCCAAUGCCUACCAAACCCUCAGACUUCAAGUACCGGCAAGGAGACGGUGUCCAUGCUACUCUGCGCAUAGUUCAAGAAGCGAUCGCCCAAGCUCAAUCCGAUUUGCAAGAGAUUCGCCAACAACGAGCCGAGCUCAAGAAGCAAUUGAUGAGCAUGCCCAAGACCGCGAAGGGCCGGACUCAAAUGGCCGCUUUCAUCGACAAAUUGCAUCGCAAGAAGGAAGCUUACAAAAAAGACUUGGUGGAAAUGCGAGAGUACAGGAUGAUCCUCGACAGCUAUGACGAAAACUACGAUACCGAGAGAGCGCUUGGAAAGGGGAGGGCCAUCGUCUACGAGAGGCGGGUCAGAGAGUGGCAGAAGCGCGUCGCGAGGGAGGCUUGAACGAGAAUGACCCGUCGAACAAUAUCGGCUGCGAAGCGUGAACGAAUGUGUCGGAGAGAGGCCCGAAUGGGACGGGUGUGUGGCUCUUUUCGAUCAGUCGACACAUUCGCUUCGCGCCAUAUCAACGAUCAACGCAUCAUGAAGACAUUCGCUACGAACAACUCCGGCGUCCGGAUCCUUCUCCGCUCGCUCGCAUGCAUACAAUGAUGCGUGUGAACAGACCAGCCAAAUGCGCGAUAGAUGAACUGGAUCUCGAUUGCAUCUAUGACAUGCACAUCAUCAAACGACAUGCGAAUAAUAGGCCAAAAGCGAUCUACUCAA